AUGUCUUCCCUAUUCACUCUUCUUCUCCCAUUAAUCACAAUAUCAUCAACAGUCUCCGGCCAAGUGUCAUUCCACUUCCAACCGAGUCCACAACUGAAUCCGCCCUCCUUCCAAAAUGUGCCAAUUCCGCCACUCCGCUCCGAUUUCAAUGAAAUGGUCAUUCCAGUUUCUAAUCGAUUUGUAAGUUUAUUUUAUUGAAAAUAUGUUCAUUUCCAUGCACUUUUUGUUUUUCAGUUGAUCCGAGGCGCGCCGAUAACCUCACCGCCCGCCGCUAUUUCUGUGCUUCCGUACCAGGUGAUGCCGAAGACGAAUUCGUUGCCGGAUGACGGAGAAACGUGGCACGAAGGACCACUGGAUCCGGACAGUAAAUUGGCCACGGUGAGAGAACUGAUCACAUUUCGUUUUAAGAGACUUUUGGCCCAUCGGCCUACUUGGCUUCAAACGAGAAUAUCUUUGUACCAGAUGAACGGAUCGGCCUAAAACUUGGACCCAAAAGACUUCAAUCCAAGUCCAAGAAGCCGGAAAAGAUCAUUGCAAGUGGGUCGAAAGUCGAGAAGCCCGAGCCGGUCCCAGUUCAUUUUUAAAGACUUCUGGGCUACCCCGCCCGCCGGAAAACAGUUCGAUUCCAAUUUCAGCGUCUCUCGUGGCGAGCCUUCGAAGCGGAUAUAAAUCAGAGAAUCGAGAACGAGAUGAUGUGGGUGCCUCUGAAAGUCUUAUCCGGAAACGGAGAAAUCGUCUCGGGAAUGCUGUACAAUUUGAAAGUGCUGGCGGGAACCUCCAACUGCUCCAGAUUCGACAUCAACGCUUACACAAUUCAAGACCGCAACUGUGUGCACUUCAACGGACCGAAACGGGCGGUCCGUUCCCUUUUUCUGGGGAAAGCUAAAAUAAUAUUGUUGCAGAUAUUCAACGUCGUCGUCACUGAGCGAAGUACCACGUGGAAUCCAUUUAUUCCCGACUGGGAACGCGUCUUUUCGACGUUGGAGCGAGAAGUCGGAACUGAAGAGGAUCUCUGA